AUGACUAUCAAUCCCAAGGUUACUAUGGAUCAUCCGUCCGUCAAGACGGUCCACUGCUCUGGAAACCCAUAUGAUAUCGGCUUCACGCACGGCAGCUCCGCGUCAGCAGAAGUCCAUGCUAAUGUUGACACGUACACGUUCUUUUUCGCCGAGACAACCCAAAUUACAUGGAAGCAGGCACGAGAGCGGGCAGUCGCACAAUUCACAUCCACCCUCGAGGCCAAAUAUCCGGAGAUUUUGGAAGAAAUGAGAGGCAUCGCAGACGGCGCUGGCGGUGGUUUAACAAAGGAGGAUAUCCUCACUCUCAACGUCCGGAGUGAGAUUGCCCUUACGAAUUAUGCUGAUGGCUGUACGAGCAUCAGUCAAAGGACCGAUGGAGGAAAGAUAUUUGUAGCACAGAAUUGGGACUGGUUGGAAGAGCUACAGAAAGGGAUGGUCUUCCUCCACAUCACACCCAUGGGGUCGGACAUCGAGAUGAAGUUCCUAUCAGAGGCAGGGCUUGUUGGUAAGGCGGGAAUGAAUAAUGCAGGCUUUGGACUAUGUGCAAACGCGCUUCGGUCUGGGGCUUUCAAUCAAAAUAACUUCCCUGUGCAUGUCAUGUCGCGGCGUCUCCUGCAAUAUGCGACCAGCUUCGACAGUGCACUUUCAAUUAUCGAGGAAUUUGGCCUGGCUAGUACGACGAACUACAUGCUUGGAGACAAGAGCGGGAAGCAUGGGGACAUCGAAUGCUCCCCUUAUGGCAACAUAAUCAUCUUUCCUCGCAACGGUUACGUAGCCCACACGAACCAUCUCUAUGGGCCGAACAGACCACCGAGGCUUAUCGACCAUCCUGCUCCAAAUUCUAUUUCGCGGUUGGCGCGAAUUCAGGAGCUUACCGAUAAAGAUAUGGAUCUGAAAGUGCCCACGAGCUUUGAGUCGCUCAGGACCAGGCUCUCAGACCAGGAGGGAACUCCGGUCUCUAUCUGUAGAGAUAGGCCUCCUGGAGCUGUGGGUAUGGAGCGGAUGACCACGCUGAGUACGGUUAUGAUGGAGUUGAGUAGCUGCACCGGUAAAGUGUUGAUUGGCAGACCCUGUGAUGAUUUGCCAAUUGUGGAGUGGUCAUUUUGA